UCCGCUAGAGGGCAAAAAGUCCUGCGUCUCUAAAGCCAGACAGUAUGAGGUGUUCCAUCCAGUUGACCUGAACAUACAGAAACAUAGGCAGAGUAUGUGACCAUCAAUCAAAUCAAACUACCGAUUACAAAUUAUCAAACAACAGGUUAUUUAGACAAAUAUAUGAUGUCUGUGUCUUGUACUACGAGACUUCCGCAUUCUUUCGUGACGUCGCACUCUGUGGGCGUUACACCAAGAGAAAAUCUCCCAAUAAGGAACGGGUUUUAGACUCAAACAUCCUGUAGGUAGUUUGGGUCAGAAAUCUGGUUAGAACGUGUAACGGUUCGGUCCUACAGCCUUCCUCCAGACGGUAAGAGACUAACCAGCUGGUUAACGGUCACGCGCUCAUCUAGAACUACAUCCGGUCCGACUAUAGCAGAUUCCGUCUCUCCGUCUUCGCUCCGAGUCUCAGAACCAUGUCCAAGUCUUUAAAGAAGAUCGUUGAGGAAAGUCGAGACAAAAACCUCCCUGAGCUGGAGAUGUGCGACAGGAGUAUCUCCAACAUGCUGGACGUCCCCGGACUCUUCACGCUGUCAAACAUCACUCAGCUGGUUCUGAGCCACAACAAGAUCACAGCUGUGCCUCCAAACAUCUCAGAGCUGAAGAACCUGGAAGUUCUAAACAUGUUCAACAACCAGAUUGAAGAACUUCCUACUCAGAUCAGCAGCCUGCAGAAGCUCAAACAUCUCAACCUUGGGAUGAACCGUCUGAGUGGCCUUCCCAGAGGGUUCGGUUCUUUACCUGCUCUGGAGGUGCUGGACCUGACCUACAACAACCUGAACCAGAGCUCCCUACCAGGAAACUUCUUCUACCUGACCACUCUUCGAGCUCUUUAUUUGAGCGACAACGACUUUGAAGAACUUCCUGCUGACAUCGGGAAACUCGCCAAGCUGCAGAUUUUGAGUCUUAGAGAUAAUGAUCUCGUCUCACUGCCUAAGGAGUUGGGGGAAUUGACUCAACUGAAAGAGCUUCACAUCCAAGGAAACAGGCUGACCGUUUUGCCUCCUGAGCUUGGUAAUCUGGAUCUAACUGGUCCUAAACAGGUGUUCAAAGCUGAGAAUAAUCCAUGGGUCACUCCCAUUGCAGACCAGUUCCAACUGGGCAUCUCCCAUGUUUUUGAAUAUGUUCGUUCAGAAACCUAUAAGUAUCUUUAUGGCAGACAUAUGCAGGCUAAUCCAGAGCCUCCAAAGAAGAACAACGAUAAGAGCAAGAAGAUCAGCCGCAAGCCGCUGGCUGCAAAAAACAAAUGAAGAGGACGUGAGAGGUGGAGCUGAAGCUGAAGCCAGACUCGCUGCAUGUGCCUUUUUUAUCUAGUCCUCUACGGAGACCCUAGAGGUUUCUGCAUGUAUACGCUUGCUUCUCCUGAACUCAUUAAUAUGCUUCUGAUUUUAUUACUUGUUCCAACUGCUCUCAGAGGUUUCUCUCAAGAGUCUGAGGUACCUGUUGGUUUUCUUCUGGUGAAACCAUGGGGC